GAGAUGAUGAUCUCCGAAUAAUAAUCUCAGAGAUGAAAACAUGGGACAAUGGUGCCGUUUAGCACACUGACAGCACGAUCCUAUGAGGACAUCGAUUACAGUCAUUUAAACAUCAGCGAAUAGGAGACGCAUCGUGAGAGACUGCAGCAUCACCUGCAUCUCCUCCAUCAGCCUCCGUCUGUCUCUCACAUCACACCGGAGCGCGGAUCGGAGGCGAUGGCAGCCGGCGGAGGAUGCGGGCAAUCGGUGGAUCAGUACCGGGCCGAGGUGGAGCGGUUGACUCGGGAGCUCGCAGAGGCGAACCGGGAGAAGAUUCGUGCGGCGGAAUGCGGUCUGGUGGUUCUGGAGGAGAAUGAGACACUGAAGCAUCAGUACGCGGAGCUCGAGAGUGAACAGGAUGUGCUGAAACACGAGCUCGAGCAGCUGCAGGAGGCGUUCGGUCAGGCAUACACCAACCAGCGGAAGGUAGCGGAGGUUGGCGAGACGAACGAGGAGAUGCUGCUGCAGGAGUCUGCGUCUAAAGAGGCUUAUUACACGAGUCGUGUGGAGGAGCUGCAAACGCAGCUGAAGAUGAGCAGUUCUGUGGCCUCAAACGCUCAAACAGAGAGCGAACAUCUCAACACACUGCUGCAGGAGCUCCGAGAGAAUAAUGAGAUGUUGGAGCUGCAGUGGACUCGUAUGAGAGAGGAGAUCGGAGAGUAUAAGUUCAGAGAGACGCGACUGCUGCAGGAUUACACUGAACUGGAGGAGGAGAACAUCACGCUGCAGAAGCUCGUGUCAACACUCAAACAGAACCAGGUGGAAUAUGAGGGUCUAAAACAUGAAAUCAAAGUUCUGGAGGAGGAGACGGUGCUACUCAACAGCCAACUGGAAGAUGCCUUGCUUCUGAAGGACAUUUCGGCGGGCCAGUUGGAGGAGGCGUUGGACGCUCUGAAGAGUGAGAGAGAGCAGAAGAACGGUCUGAGAAAGGAGUUGACCCAUCACCUCAGCCUGAUGGACACACACCUGACCAUCUCAGCCAUGGAGGGGUUAAAGUUCACAGAGGAGACGGCGACCAACGGCACGUCUGAGGACAGUAACCGCAGUAAUGAGUGUAAUGGACACAGACUGAAGAUGAACGGAGAGCGGCCGGGACGCAGGAAGAGCGAGGUGCUUGACCCGGUGUCCGAUCUCUUCAGUGAACUCAACAUGACUGAGAUACAGAAGCUCAAACAGCAGCUCUUACAGGUUGAGCGAGAGAAGUCGGCUCUGCUUACUAACCUGCAGGAGUGUCAAACUCAACUGCAGCACAUGCAGGACGCUUUAACAGAACAACACAUGUGCGUUCAUCACCUUACUGAGCGAGUCAAUGGCAUGAAACAUCUCCGUAGUGACAAGGAGUUUGAUCCAGAGGAGACCGAGAAGAGCGACAUAUCCGUUUGCGGUGAAUAUGAGACGGACAUCAAUGGAAUAGAGGUGCUCGAGUGUAAAUAUAGAUUCGCUGUGACUGAGGUCAUUGACUUGAAGGCGGAGCUUAAGGCUUUAAAGGAAAGGUAUAACCAAUCCGUGGAGAGCCAAUCAGAAGAGCCCAAACGCAGCGAAGGAAAAGUCCAGGCGCUCGAAGAGCAGGUGAAGCGUUUGGAGAAAUCCUGCCGCGAGGGCCGCGAGCGGGUUAGCGGUCUUGAAGCAGACCUCUGGUGCACAUCAAGUAUAGCUAAUGAGAGUAACGGCAUGUUGAAUGCAGCUCAAGACGAGCUGGUUAUGUUUAGUGAAGAACUCGCUCAGCUCUACUAUCACGUCUGUCUGUGCAACAACGAGACGCCAAACCGCGUCAUGCUGGACUAUUACCGCCAGAGUCGGGUCACACGCAGCGGCAGUCUCAAAGGCCCCGAUGACACAAGAGCCCUGCUUUCUCCACGUCUAGCUCGCCGACUUAAUGCUGCUAACUCCUCAGACAUGUCCAAGAGUCCACUAGACUCUCCGGCAAAGGAACCCUCGGGAGAAGGAUCUAAUAGGGAGCCAGGAAGUCAACAGAGUCCCACCAGAAGCCCCUUUGGUUCCCCAGUCAACAGUUCAACAUCACCUUCUCCGUCCACAGUGCCAGAGACAGGGGAUCUCCGUAGGGAGCCCAUGAACAUCUAUAACCUCAACGCCAUCAUCCGUGACCAGAUCAAACAUCUACAGAAGGCCGUGGACCACUCGCUUCAGCUGUCCAAGCAGAGAGCUGCUGUUAGAGAGUUGGCACCCAUCUUCGACAAGGACAAGGAGGCUUGCAUGGAGGAGAUCCUGAAACUCAAAUCGCUCUUGAGCACCAAAAGAGAGCAGAUCGCUACCUUACGUCUUGUGCUUAAAGCCAACAAACAGACUGCAGAGGUGGCACUGGCUAACCUGAAGAGUAAAUAUGAAAAUGAGAAGUGUAUGGUGACGGAGACGAUGAUGAAGCUUAGAAAUGAACUGAAGGCCCUCAAAGAAGAUGCUGCCACCUUUUCUUCCCUCAGGGCAAUGUUUUCCACAAGAUGUGAUGAGUACAUAACUCAGCUGGAUGAGAUGCAGAGGCAGCUGGCUGCCGCAGAAGAUGAGAAGAAGACUCUGAACUCUCUCCUGCGAAUGGCCAUCCAGCAGAAACUGGCCCUGACCCAGCGCCUGGAGGACCUGGAGUUUGACCAUGAGCAGUCACACUGUGGCCAUGGAGGAAAAGUGCCAAAAAUGAGGAGCAGCCCUAAAAAACACGAUACGGUUGCAUCAGCUGGUAACUCACCUUCACUGGAUGUCCUUCCUCCAUCCUCUUCCUCCUGGACCUCCUCAGCUCAGCCGUUCUUCCUCGGCCAAUCGCAGUGGCAUCUGGGCCAUCAGACUUUAGUUCUAGACCCAAAGACACUGAGUAUCGAGUUUUGUCACAUUGCUCGUAGUGGAGACUCUGGCCACAGUUCACAGCGCUCAUCUGAUGUUCACAUUUCCAGAUCGGCUCCUACUUCACCCUAUCAAUCCCCUGUUUUGAGCCCACGGCAACCGUUGCCACGCUCAGCGAGAUCUCGCAUGCGUUCUAAAUUGACUCGGUUUACGACGUCAACAAGAAGUGGCACCUGUGAUUCCCACAAACUCUAGUCCUGACCCUCAGUAAGCGAUACAAGUAAGGACAGACUGGUUUCCAUACGAGAUGAUGAUAGACCGAGUUUCACCGACUGUUUGGACUGUACGAUUCUACUCAGGGAUCUUUAGAGACUUUUUCCUAUUUUUGCAUUGAUACUACUUUUGGGUCUACUCGUGAUAUUUGAGUUUGUUGGUUUUGUAAAAUGGUAGGCCUACUUAUUAUUUAAAAUGAUUCUGAAGCAAUAAAAUCCUGGCUUGGAUAAGAAAACUGGAGUCUGCCUCAGGAAGGACAUUUUGGAAGAAUGAUUGAGUAAUGUGAAACAGGUACUCCUGAGAGCAUGUCUCCUUCAUAUUAAAAUACCAUUGCUGCAUGUGUGCUUUCAUUUCAUGGCUUGAUGCAAUGGGUGCUACAUACUGCAUGCCAAUCAAUUCGUUUGUGUUUGAGUGUUUUUUAUUGUUUGGCUUUUAGCUUUGGCAGAUCUCAAGUACAGCCAACCAAAGUAUAUUAGC